AGUCCUGAGUAGUGUGGAGUAGCGUGUAGUAAGUGUGGAGGAGGUGUGAGUGUGAGGCACCCUGACACCAGUCACACAACCAUCAUGGCGGAAGAGGCUCAGGAUGCCGUCCCUCCCAGUGACGACUCUCUCCUCUCCUCCCUCCUCACCGAAAUAUUCACUUCUCCCAUUAACAUAGUCCUACUGGCAGUAUGUGUCGUGCUCAUCUAUAAAAUCUUCCGGCCUUCUGAUGGUAGUGGUGCAGCUUCUGUAUCAGUGGAACCUCCAAUGCCUAAAAUGAAGCGCCAGGACUUGACCCUUGAGCAGCUAAAACAGUACGAUGGAACUGGAGAGCACGGACGAGUAUGUAUGGCGGUAAAUGGCAAGAUCUUUGAUGUUACACGAGGCAAAAACUUCUAUGGACCAGGAGGACCUUACGCUGCUUUUGCUGGACAUGAUGCUACUCGAGCACUAGCAACUUUCAGUGUGAGUGAUGUUAAAGAGGAGUAUGAUGAUCUGGGUGACCUAUCCUCAGAGCAAAUGGAUUCAGUCAGGGAGUGGGAAAUGCAGUUCACUGAAAAAUAUGAAUAUGUUGGAAAGUUUUUGAAACCUGGGGAACAGCCGACAGAAUAUUCCGAUGAAGAAGAUGCGAAGGACACGAAAACAAAGAAGGAAGACUAAACUUAAUAAUUGGAUAGAAAAAUGUAAGUUAAGGCCUGAAGGUUCUAGCCAGAACACAAAGAUUAUUGAUAAGUUUACGAAGAUAUACUGUACUGAUGCAAUGAGCUGUUUAAUGUAAUUGUGACAGGAGUUUUUGUUUAAAGGAUGAAUUCUUUAAUUUUCAAGGUCAAAUGUAUUUUAAACAAUUUGACAUUUGACCUUGGUAAGUCUGGCAGAACUCUCCCUAAAAUUCACUGGAAGAAGAGGAGGAGGAGGAGGAGGGAGUGAACAAUGAGAUCAGUUUUCAAGGCUUAUGGAGUUAUUUAUUAAGGCCAGAAUAUGCCUGCCAAAAGUUGCCCAAGUUUUAUAUGGCAUUGUAGCAGCUCCUGAGGAGACAUUUGAUAUAAUUUAGUUUUUCUGCUUGAAGCUUGGGUACCAUUAGUUAACCCUUUCAGGGUCCAAGGCCCAAAUCUGGAGUCACGCACCAGUGUCCAAGAAUUUUCAAAAAAAAAAUUUGUUAUUUUUUCUUAUGAAAUCGUAGAGAAUCUUUUUGUGAAGGUAAUAAAACAAAAAGUACGAAAUUUGGUGGAAAAUUGACGAAAUUAUGCUCUCGCGAAUUUUGAUGUGUCAGCGAUAUUUACGAAUCGGCGAUUUUGCCGACUUUGACUCCCAUUUUAGGCCAAUUACAUUAUUCCAAUCAACCAAAUUCUUAGCUAUUUCACUAGUAUUACUUCUAUUCUAUCGAUUGAGCACAAGAAAUCGCCAAGUCAACUGUUUCAACUACAAAAUAAAGUGAUCGGAAAUUGUUAAUUUGGCCAUUUAACACAAAGUUCAAAAUAUUCCAAUUUCAAAAUAGGGUCCAGAAUGAACAAUGUAGGCAUUCCUUGCACUAAACUAACAUUUCCUCUGUUCAUUAGUUAUGUUUUGAGGCUUUACAAAUAAAUUCCAUUUUGAUUUUUUAUUCACAUAAUGAAUUUUUAUUCACACCAAAAAUAGAAGAUUUACUGUUAUGCAAUACUGUAAUAAUUGUAUAAAUAUCAUCACCAUAUUUGUGAAUGUAUAUUAGAGCCACCAGCUGAUGUGUAUUAGACGUGUGAGGUCGUUUGUUUACUCUUGAAUAUCGGCAAAAAUUUAACAUUUCCGCUACUUUGAGCUCAGUUUCAAGCCAUUUCCAAUGCUAAAACCAAUCAAAAUCAUCUCUAUUUCUGUAAUAUGUCUUCCAUUCUAUCAAAUGAGACCAAGAAAUCGCAAAUGCAACUAUAAAAAACAUACGAAAAAACACUGCAAAGUUGCUGUUUUAAUCGAAAAAUCAUGAUUUCAUUUUUUUUCUCUCAUUAUACACAGUGUGCUGCAGGAUCUGUUUUAUGUGGUGCACACAUACCACAUAGAUGUAUUCUCUCAUAUCUAGGCCCAAAUGUACCACUCACAGUUUAUCAGAGUGAGCUGAGCUCAUGGCGUAGAUCUACGGUUUGGACCCUGAACGUAAAGCCGUAGAUCUACGGGACGGACCCUGAAAGGGUUAAUUUGUGACCACUGUCUCUUGAAAAAUAUUUUCCUUUUUAGGCAUUUUCUUUUUAAAUAAGUUGGUAAGUGAUUUUGAUUUCAUAUUUGCAGCAUUGCAUUUGUAAUUUUUUUGUUUUUUUUUCUCUUCAGUGUAUGAAAGAUGGUCUAACAUGGAAAAUUAUAAAGGCAGCUAUUUUUUUCUCAAGCAUUUGUUGCAGACUGUAGAACAAAAAUUAUAAGAAUUAUCCAUUUGUCACUAAAUUUCUAAAAGGCUACCUUGCUGUAACAAUGGUACAUAAUUAAAUCCAUGGAAAAUGUAUUACAUAUGAUUAAUGUUUAUUGGCUAGUUGGUGACAAUUUAGCUGAUUGUAUUGUGCAUAAGCAGUACUUGGAUAGCAUAUGAUAGGCUGGUUAGCAUGUUCUGACCUUACAUAGGUAACUCUGCCUGAAAUCAAACUUAGCCUUAUGAACUACUGCAGAAGACUCAUAAUUGCUGGUCUUCUUUUGAAAUGUUGAUUCAGAGUUAUUUUUAUAUACAACCAUGAGCCAUACAUGGUCAGAUUUCCAUCUUUUCUAAGCUAUAGUGAUUUAUAUUGUACCAUAUAUACAUACGUGCUUUUCUUAUUCUUUCAGUUUCUAACAUACUGUGUGAUGGACGUGUUCAAAAAUUUUUCUCUCUGGGAUGGCUCGUUUCUUAUAUUUGUAAUUUAUAUACUGGGCACUUCCAGUGUGCUCUUAUUUGUAAUCCAUUCAGACGUCCUGGAAAGCCGCCUACCUAUUAUAUACAAGAAUGGGGAGUAGGUAUAAUUAGUCUUAGUGGAAGAUUAGGUUUGGAAUAUUUAAAUAUUUCUGAAGUGAAAGGCACGCACACUGGAAAUAAUAGACAGAAUUUUGGCUCUGACACAAACUGAUUUUAGAGUUGGAAGUAGACUGGUUUUUUUGGUGUUUAU